CUGAUACCUGUCGUUAGCUGUCGACACAGCACAACCCCUCCUUACAGGCUUCCAGACUCUGAGGGCAGCGUGACAGAAGUGGGCAUGUGCAGGCUCCGACCUGUCUCCUGGCUGUCAGCGAGCAGGAAAACACAGGCCUGGGAGCAUAUCAGAGGCACCGCCUUCUUCCUCCUCAGAUUAACGCUGGAAUUUGCCCCUGACAAUACAGGAAGAUGAUGAGUGAUGCUAGUGACAUGUUGGCGGCGGCGCUGGAGCAGAUGGACGGGAUCAUAGCAGGUUCUAAAGCCUUGGAGUAUUCUAAUGGGAUUUUUGAUUGCCAGUCUCCCACCUCUCCGUUCAUGGGGAGCUUGCGAGCUUUGCACCUUGUGGAAGACCUGCGUGGAUUGCUGGAGAUGAUGGAGACGGACGAGAAGGAAGGGCUGAGGUGCCAGAUCCCAGACUCGACAGCGGAAACGCUUAUCGAGUGGCUGCAAAGUCAGAUGACAAACGGACACCUACCUGGGAAUGGAGACGUAUAUCAAGAAAGGCUAGCGCGUCUAGAAAACGACAAGGAAUCCCUUGUUCUUCAGGUGAGCGUGUUGACAGACCAAGUAGAGGCUCAGGGAGAGAAGAUUCGAGAUUUGGAGUUUUGUCUUGAGGAGCACAGAGAGAAGCUGAAUGCCACGGAGGAGAUGCUGCAGCAGGAGCUUCUGAGUAGGACCUCCUUAGAAACACAGAAGCUGGAGCUCAUGGCUGAGGUCUCUAACCUGAAGUUGAAACUGACGGCUGUCGAGAAGGACAGGCUGGACUAUGAAGACAGGUUCAGAGACACAGAGGGGCUAAUACAAGAGAUCAAUGAUUUGAGGUUAAAAGUCAGUGAAAUGGACAGUGAAAGACUUCAGUAUGAGAAAAAACUUAAGUCAACUAAAUCUUUAAUGGCCAAACUUUCUAGCAUGAAAAUCAAGGUGGGUCAGAUGCAGUAUGAAAAGCAGCGGAUGGAACAAAAAUGGGACGCACUGAAGGAUGAAUUGACAUCUCUAAAAGAGCAACUGGAAGAGAAGGACCGUGAAGUGCAGAGGCUGCAGGAGAGAGUGCUUUGCAAGGCGAGAGGAGACGGGGUGGAGAGCCUUGAUCGAGAUGAAAAUGUUAAAAAGAAGCUGAAAGAGAAAAACAUUGAAGUACAAAAAAUGAAAAAGGCUGUGGAGUCCCUGAUGGCAGCAAACGAAGAAAAGGAUCGGAAGAUAGAAGAUCUCCGGCAGUGCCUGAGCAGGUACAAGAAAAUGCAGGACCCAGCAAUUCUGGCCCAAGGCCAGGACGGCGAGUGUGAGGGCCUGUUCCACGCCAGCUCCAUCUCCACUCUGUUGGACACUCAGGGCUUUAGUGACCUGGAGAGAAGUACUUCUUCUACGCCAGGAAUGGGGUCUCCCAGCAGAGACCUGCUCAACGUGAGCUCUCCAGAAGAGAGUGUUUGCUACAUGAGUCUCAGCUUAAAGUUUCACACCAGCAUCCUGCAAGCUUCAGCCCCUUCACCGUUGCCGCCAUCGAUGGGCGUGGAAACCUCCGAAAAGUCCAAGUUGCCUACUAAGCCUGAGGCUUCCUUGGAAGAGAAUGAUGGAAAAGCAAUCCUGGGUGCUGCCGCUGAAGCCCCGCUGUGCGAUGGCCUUUCAACUUCAAAUCUGCAGAAAUCCAGCAGCCUGGGCAACCUGAAGAGAGAGACAUCAGAUGGCUUAGAAAAGGAGUCUAUCCAGAAGCCUUCAGAGGAUAAAGUUCCAACCGACAGCCACACAUUUGAGACCCUGCCUCCCAAGGUUCCAGGACACGACGCCUCCAUGGAUGACAACCCGUUUGGCACGCGAAAAGCCAGGUCCUCCUUUGGCCGAGGCUUUUUUAAAAUCAAAAGUAACAAGAGGACAGCGAGUGCACCAAACCUUGACCGUAAACGAAGUGCCAGUGCACCCACCUUAGCUGAGACAGAGAAGGAGACAGCUGAGCACCUAGAUUUGGCCGGUACAUCUCGGCCAAAAGGUUCACAGGGGACCGGGCCUUUCCAGAUGUCUCCACCAUCUCCAGACUCCAGAAAGAAGUCCAGAGGCAUCAUGAGACUCUUUGGGAAGCUCAGGAGAAGCCAGUCAACCACCUUCAACCCGGAUGACAUGUCCGAGCCUGAAUUCAAAAGAGGAGGGACAAGGGCAACUGCAGGCCCCAGGCUCGGCUGGUCCCGAGACUUGGGGCAGUCCAACAGUGACCUGGAUAUGCCAUUUGCCAAGUGGACCAAGGAGCAAGUGUGCAGUUGGCUAGCGGAGCAAGGCUUGGGGUCCUACCUGAGCUCUGGAAAGCACUGGAUUAUUUCUGGCCAGACACUUUUGCAGGCUUCUCAACAAGACCUAGAGAAGGAGCUCGGCAUCAAGCAGUCACUGCAUCGCAAGAAGCUGCAGUUGGCCCUGCAGGCCCUGGGAUCUGAGGAGGAAACCAACUAUGGGAAGCUGGACUUCAACUGGGUCACCAGGUGGCUGGAUGAUAUUGGCCUCCCGCAGUACAAGACCCAGUUUGAUGAAGGCCGGGUGGACGGCCGAAUGCUGCAUUACAUGACUGUGGACGACCUACUGUCCCUGAAGGUCGUGAGUGUGCUGCACCACCUCAGCAUCAAAAGGGCCAUCCAAGUCCUGAGGAUCAACAACUUCGAGCCCAACUGCCUGCGGAGGCGGCCGUCUGAUGAGAGCGGCAUCACCCCAUGCGAGGUCCAGCAGUGGACCAACCACCGAGUGAUGGAGUGGCUGCGCUCUGUGGACUUGGCGGAAUACGCCCCCAAUCUCCGAGGCAGCGGUGUCCAUGGGGGGCUCAUGGUUCUUGAGCCUCGCUUUAACGUGGAGACUAUGGCUCAGUUGCUGAACAUUCCACCAAACAAGACCUUGCUGCGCAGACAUUUGGCCACCCAUUUCAACCUGCUGAUCGGUGCUGAGGCACAGCACCAGAAGCGAGAUGCCAUGGAGUUACCAGAUUAUGUACUGCUGACAGCUACUGCCAAAGUGAAGCCAAAGAAACUGACCUUUAGCAACUUUGGGAACCUGAGGAGGAAGAAGCAUGAGGACGGAGAGGAAUAUGUCUGUCCAAUGGAACUGGGGCAGGUGUCAGGGAGCAGCUCCCAGAAGGGGUUCAGACCUGGCUUGGACAUGCGUCUGUAUGAAGAGGAUGACUUGGAUCGGCUAGAGCAGAUGGAAGAUUCAGAAGGGACCGUGAGACAGAUAGGUGCAUUUUCCGAAGGCAUCAACAAUCUCACACACAUGUUAAAGGAAGACGACAUGUUCAAAGAUUUUGCUGCCCGCUCCCCCAGUGCCAGCAUCACAGAUGAAGACUCCAACGUUUGACCAGAGCACCUGGGCAAGUACCAGGAGCACCGAUGUCGUUUUCCAACUUUGGUUUUCGAGUAGCACAUGCGACAGGUGACGGGUAGUGCAUUGCUUAUGGUUCCGACUUCUGCUCCCUGGGAAGCGGAGCUGUGCGCAAUGCAGGGGAGCGGUGCCCGUUCUGGAGAUGCUGAGAGAAACAAGACACUGGCGAACGGAAGUGUGCCCACCCUGCCUCUGUGUGAUGUCAAGUCUGUGACGUACUCUAUUUAAAGUGCUGCGUUUCGGGCUGGGUGUUCACCGGAGUGCUUCUUCAUCCACACCCCCAGCGUGGAGGAGGGUCUGACCCUCUCCGUGCUCACUGCAGCGUCUAAGCAGAACGUGCUGCUCUUCAGACCCCAGGGCUCACCGCAUCCGGUGCCGCAGAAUGCCAGCCGCACCUCCACUUGCCUCUCUGACUGUCUUAUUUUUAUAUAUUUUUCUAAGUAUGUGUAUAUAUGCAGUAUAUAGAAAACAGAACUUUUAUUUUGUGACACAAGGGUCAGAAGAUCGUAUUAAAGACAAAGAAGCCCCAGUGUUCUGAGUUUUUAUAUAGCAGCUGAUCCCUGAGGAGAUCAGAGCCCCCUCUCUUCCUCCACUGAUGAAUUUUAACAGUAUUAAUCAUCCAGGUUAAAUUCUACAUGAUGUGCAUUUCUUUGACUCCCAGAAGAUCCCGGAGCGGUGUUUAGAGGCUCCGGUUUUACCCUGGCCUCCAGCUUUGGAUGCACUCAGUCCCCUCAGAAAAGGUUUUAUUAGGAUGACUUUGGAAAAAACCAAACCAAAACAGGACCUUUUUACAUGUUAAGUUUCCCAUUUUCUUCUUUGCUAUAUGCGCCGUUACACAGGACUAAGGAGUCCACCUCGCCAUGUCCCUCACACUUUGGCAACUGAGGGGGCUUCGUGUUGUUUCAGUCAGGAUCCAAACACUCGGACGCUGCAGGCUGUACUUUAAUGGUUUUUCCUGUCCAAUAACAUUGCUCGUGUUUUCUGUAACACAAGGCCCACAAGCUCGUAGGAAAGGGGAUAGAAAGCCCAGCGCAGCUGUUCCUGUGGCAUGUGUCUGUGUGUGUGUUUUAGCGGUGUUGGAGACAAUCUGGUUUUCAUUAGAGGUUACACAUAACGAGGCCAACUGUGUAUAGACAGGAACUCACACCCUGGGGUGCAGGUGGGCAGCCCAGUGUAUGGUAAUAGAUUUGGUGAUAACCGUUUCUAGAUGUCAGCAGUAUUCCUGUUGUAAGCCCAGCAGGUUAUGGAGCUGCUCAUUGUGACACUUGUAACACUACUCUUUAUGUCUAACUACAAUUAUCUGAUGCUCACGCGAUAUCCUUUGGAUGUUCCUGUUCAUGAUUUGACGUCUAUAUUGGCUUCUUCCUCUAUGGGGGUUUUAGUUUAAACGGUGAGUAAAUAUCACCAUUUGAAAAGCUCAGUUUGUUAGUUGAGCCCAGUUGAAAAUACCAGCUGACUGUUACCGAUGCCAAAUAUUCUUUAUUAAGGACAAUGUAACAACUGAUGAUAUGUGAUAAAGUUAAAAAAGCUUUUGAUUAUAUAUUUUAUUUACAAAACUAUUAUGUAUGCACUGUUGGCAUUACCGUAUGAAAGAAAAUAAAGUCAAUUGAUAAACUGC